AUCAAGUGUGGUAACAAAAUGUCCAAGUUCACUUGUUUAGUUUUGUGUGUUGUGGCGGCGAGUCAGGCUUAUGCAAGCGAAGAAGAAAAGGCCGCUUUCCGCGAAGCUAUCAAGCCGAUCGUGGAAGAGUGCUCCAAGGAACACGGAGUCAGCCAUGAUGAGCUGAAGUCUGCUAAGGACAAUCAGAACGCUGACAACAUCAAACCUUGUUUCUUAGGCUGCGUUUACAAGAAAGCUGAAGUUUUCAACAGCAAAGGCGAAUAUGAUGUGGACAAGGCUCUGGAGAAACUCAAGAAAUUCGUGAGCAACGACGAAGCUUACGCCAAGUUCGCUGAAGUUGGAAAGAAAUGCGCAUCAGUGAAUGACAAGGCCGUGAGUGAUGGAGAUGCUGGUUGCGAGAGGGGAGCGUUGCUGACAGCUUGCUUCUUGGAGCACAAGGCUGAGGUCCCGUUGUAAACUUCUACUGCUGACUUCUAUAAGGAUGAGAACAAUUGACACAUAGUGAGACAAAAUUAUACAGAAAAUGACCUACUUAUUACGGAUAGUGCAAAAUAAUAUUUCCUUUUGUGAAUAAAGUUAUUUUGUUAUAA